AUGAGUGAUCCAUGUCUAUCAAACUCAUCAGACCAGUCUUCGACUGCUCUUCCACACCCUUCCUCUGCUAUUUUCCAGCUGCCGCUCCCAUCGCAUCUUAACAAAUACUCAAACAACAACUCUAAUGGUACUACCACAACCACUCAACAAUUGCCACCACUACCCAAUUUCAAUACUGGCACUCAGAAUUCUUCAUCAACCUCUUCUAAUUCUCACUCACAUUAUCUUCCGCCACCGCAACUUGCUCAGAAUUACCCAAAGUACCCGGCAAUACCAUCAUCCGCUAUAUCGGAUAUUCCGACACCAUCGGGUAGCACACUUCCGCACAAUACUACAACGGCACCAACAGUAGCAACAAGACAGAAUUCCACGCUCCCCCUACCACAAAUCUCCUAUACAAAUAGUGCCCCCCCUACUUCCAACACAAGAGAUUCUGAAAUCGCAUAUUCGGCUCACCCGAAACCUUCUGAUGACCCACAAGUAGAUGAUACCACUGAGGACAAGGAACAACGUAUCACUAGUGCACUUGAAGAGUUUAAGAACGGUACAAAUAGUAUCAGAAACCUUUCAAACAAGUACAAUGUUCCCCGGUCUACGCUUCGUGAUCGUAUAAAACGUGCACACCUGGCGAACAAUAACAAGUCUGGUGAGGAACGACGUAUAAGCAUUCUCAAGUCCCGCUCUAAAAACAUCAUUGACCGCCAAACUCGAGACUUUAAGCAGCGCGAGCGUGAUGCAUUAAUUCAAGAAGCAUUGGAUUAUUAUCAUUCUUCAGAGCUGGAGGGCACUAAACAAGGUAUUCGCGCACUUUCUGCAAAAUUUGGCAUCCCCCGCUCAACUCUCCGAGGUCGUCUUCAGGGCUCAACAAGUAACCGCUCAGCAAACCGUGUUCAAAAGGGCCAAAAACUUUCAUUAGAAGAAGAGGACACUCUUGUUCAAUGGGUUAAAGCUCUUUGUCAUUCCGGUGAAGAGGUCACUGCUUCACGUAUACGCAACAUGGCUAACUUGCUUCAGCAAUACCGACCCUCCAGUGAUGAUAAUAUGUUUCUUACAGGUGACUCAGACCCCGAGUCUUUUGCCGAUGGGACUGGUCCAAAAGUUUACCGCAAGGCUGUCGACCCCCUCCUCGAGAAAAAACACCAAGUUUGCCUUGGCUGGGUAAGGGGAUUUCUUGGUCGUCACCCAGCGCUUAUUGACGCCAACGGUACCAUUCUCAAUGUUGACGAUGUCAAAAACUUUACAAAGGAUUCUUUCCGUGACUGGUUUCAACUUGUUUGCGAAAAAAUAACUCUCCGCCACAUCCCGCCAGAAAACAUCUUUAUUGCAGGUGCAUCUUCCUUUUUUGUUUCCAACUUGAUUGUUGAUAAUCAACGCCAAGUCACCCCAGCUGACUUAGCACCAUUAUACCUCCUCCCAUCUGCUCCGCAAUCCGAACCUUUCGCCUCUCUAGAGUGCUUUUCUUUCAAUUGCGAUAUUUUAAAUCCCUUCAUUGUACUUAAUGGCGACUCGGACUUAAAAAUCCCCGAUGACUUAGCCGCACAGUGGUCUUUUAAUUACUCAUCUUCCUUAUUCUUACCUUAUGAGGAGCGCAGACAACAACAAGACCACAAUAACAAUGACAUUCAACAUAUUCGAGUUGAAAAGGAGCUUCUCUACAAGUGGCUUACUCAAUGGUUUGAUGUUACUUCUAAAAAACAUGCAAAUCCUGAGUACCCUCGUGUACUCAUAUCUGACUCGGACUGGGCCGAUCUCGAUCCAAACUUUAACAAUUAUUGCAAAAACAACGGAAUUGACUUUUUAGGAAUCCCUGUCAACAAAUUCCACGAAUUGUUCCCCUUUACUGCCGGCAUCUUUGGCAAGGUCAAGAAGAACUUUUGCUCUAAAGUAGAGUCAAUGAUGAAAACAACAACAACUGGCGGUCAGGAAUCUGAUGAUGGCAAGCAGCUCAUUAUUGGCGACAAUCUAUUUUUAUGCUUUCAUGAUGCUCGAAAACAAGCCAUGUCAAAUUCGACAUUGUCAAAGGCACUUAAGCAGUCUGGCCUUUGGCCUCUUGAUUCUAAUCUUGUCAUUAAUAGAAUCUGGAACACGUCGGAAAUUAGUAGCAUCGGCACUACAACCGAUUCAAACAGUCUUCCCUAUGGGCCAGCUCUUUUAUCUGCUUUAGAAACCAGCUGCCCAAUAACAAAAUCUUCAUCGACUUCUACCAGAAAAGAAAGUUCAGAUGAAAGUCCCGACGCUUCUCCUCCUGGAGACACAUAUCUACAAUCAAUUUUAAAUGAUUAUAGGAAGUCACCCGAGCCUUCAUCCGUGCCCACAUCAUCAACACCUAACCAUCCUACCAGCUCUAUUUUUCGCAUCAUUAAUCCCUUAUCACCUGAGCCGGAAAAACAUAAGCUUGAUGAGCCACAAGAUAAUAACAAUGCUAAACGUUUCAAAACAAGUACACUUCAUAACUUGCUUUUAAGGGACGAUGCAAAUAUUUCUGAGCCUUCAACAGAUGUCCGUACCCAGCCCCUACAUACAGAAUUUUCCCGACAGGAUAUUUUACCAAUACCAAGUGCUCUCCAAAAUUCUUUGCCAUCCGAAUCUGAAAUGCGUUCCAAUAAUGGGGGGAUUCUGCAGUUACCUUCGCUUCCAGUAGCUCUUAACAAUGCACUACCAAAUGCAAACUCAAAUGUUGUAUCUGUGACACAGAAACAGUUAAUACUGGAUCCCAAUACGACCAACAACUCCCCACUUUCUUCAGUACCUUCCCAUACUCCACCACUCUCUGCGUCACCGAUGGGCCGCUGGCGGUCUCCUAACGAUGCUACCAGCAAAUCCACUAGCCAAACCAGUUCGCCUUUGGGAUAUGGGCCUCCUCCUCUUACCCAAAAUUUGUCGUUGUCAUCGUCUACCUUGAAUUUACCGCUACAGGCGAGCGGUGCUUAUACAAACGAGCACGAAUAUCCUUCUUUGAACCAAGCUAAACACGCAUCAACGGCCCAGCAACCAACACAAUACAUACCACCAGGUGGUCCCGCCACCCCAGCACUGGCACCAAAUCAUACCUCUCACCAGGCACUUCCGUCGCUGUUUGAUUUGAAUCUAAUUCCGCAAACUUUUUCAAAAACAUAUCAGCACUAG